CAAUGGCUACCAAAUCUUCGUCGGCGACAUUCGCGAUCGAAGCUCGCCCAUAUUCGGCGACAAGGCCAGUCAAGAGUGCCCCGCAGCUCCGACCGGUUCCAGCAUUUUCCAUCGAGUCGUUGCAGAAGAAUACGUUCGUGAUGGGUCCUCCCAAGGCGCAGAAACACAAAUACCUGAUGCAACCGAAGGCCACCUCCUUUCGGAUGUACUACGACCGCGGAGAUCUCCCCAUCAAAAUGGAAUACCUGACCGGUGGGGACAAAAUUGCCUGGACCGUCGAUAUCGACAAGCUGGACUACGGCCUCUACCUUCCUCUGUUCUUUGACGGUCUCUCCGAAAUACGCCACCCGUACAAAACGUACGCCCGGCAGGGCGUGCAGGACCUCCUGUCGCACGGCGGCGACAAAAUCUACCCCGUUAUACCGCAGCUAAUUAUACCGAUCAAGAAUGCGCUAAACACACGCAACAUGGAGGUCAUGUGUGUUACAUUGAAAAUCAUCCAACAACUGGUGAUGGCAUCGGAUCUCAUUGGGCCGGCCUUGGUGCCCUUCUACCGACAACUGCUGCCAAUGUUCAAUGCCUACAAAGUGAAAAAUAUAAAUUCCGGCGACGCCAUCGACUACGGUCAGAAGAACAACAUGAACGUGGGCGACCUGAUCGACGAGACGCUGCAGGUGUUGGAGCGCCACGGCGGCGAGGAUGCCUUCAUCAACAUAAAGUACAUGGUUCCGACGUACGAGUCGUGCUAUCUGAAUUAGACCUUCGGAUACGUUGAAUUGUUGGAAAUCAUACGAUGUUGCUGCUGUUGUUUCGGUUGCUUCGUAAUAUCGCACCGGUGCUGAUGGAAGAGACGAUAAAGAUGUGGAUAGUGAAAUGUAGCUAUUGAAGGAUAUUAGGAGAUAUUACCACGCAAUUAUUAGAAAAGUGCCAAACUAGUCAAGUAAAAAGUUGCUUACCGGAAUAGCGGUACGAGAAUAGAUGUGCAAUUUCGGACAACGAACUUAUUUUCUAAAAAAACAUAUGAUAGAAAUCCUGAUAUACGUUUUAUACAAUUUUCCAUCUUUCAAGGUUUGGCGAAAAUUGGUUGAUAAGAAGGGUCAAACUGGUUUAGAUGCAAUACUUUUAAUCGAUACAUUAUCUAAUACAGCUGCACAAACCUGAGAUCAGAGAUCGAGGUGUACUAUGUUUGAGAUUAUUUUAUGUUCCUAAACAUAUAUAUGUUCCUAACUGCUAAGUUACCACUGAUAUAUUGGUUUAUGCUUGUUUAUUAUUCACGCACAUAUCUAGAUACAUUUAUACAAUUCGCUAUUUGAAGAAGCCAUCCUUGAAACAUGGGAAAAUUGCUUUUGCAAAACAAAUAACAAUUUUAGAUAAUUCAACAAGGGUUCACUUAUCACUAAUCACGAUAUAGAUCUCAAUAGCAAUAUGUUAUUCAUAGAUUAAACAAAUCUCACUACCUUUUUGUUACGGUUACCUACUCAACAAUAGGAAAUUUCUCAACUUUCUACUAGUCAAAACCCAAGGUAUCAUUCAAAGUAUAUUUCAAAAUAAAUAAAUUUUUUUCGCUUAGCUCUCUGAAUACUUUUCUUCCAGUUUAGUUACAUACAUUGAUUUAUCAUUUAUCAUUGAUGACACACCGCUUAGAGCAGAUUGAUUGAACUGAGCCCCCUCUUUUUGCAGAAAGCUGUGAUUGCUUCCGUAAAAUUAUACAUAUUUUUUUGUUUGGUUUUAAUCAUCAUCACAUUUUGAUAUUACAUCAUGAGAGAAGACAAUGUAAUUUCCAAAUUAAUCUCUGUCACGCGUUCUCUAACACCUACAAUCUACUUGGUCGACUAUCCUUUUUUGAUGAACUACCGUGGAGGCACCAUAUUCGAAGCGGGUCCUAAAUCGACGCACUCAAUAAGGUUCGACUAUUUCCAAUCUUUAUUUUUGUUUUGCACCAAUGUUUAAAAAAAUAUCUUAUCAAAAUUGGAAUGCGAUCAAAAAUAGACUAGUGCAUCAUCAUUAGGAACGCGUCAAAUAUGGUGCUGGCACGGUAAAAAAAAUCGGAAUUAUCAUUGUUUUAGAUGAAAAACGUAACGCGAGUAUUUUUUCCUACGUUUAUUUUUUUUUUAUUUUUGUUGGGUUAUUUUAUUCUUGGUGUACACUGUGGAAAUUGCGUGCUGAUAUUGUGUCAACGUUUUCUCUAUAUAGUGUGGUGCGGUGUGUGGGAGAAAAGCGUGCUGGAUGUUGCUUUUCUGUGGUACAGCAGUUUCACGUUUCAAUUGAAAUUACUAAUUAAAUGACACUGGUCGAAAAAAAGGUAAUUUUAAGUCAAAAGUCAUUUUUGUGUUGCCUGUCAGAGAUUUGUAUAAAAUAUUUUGAAAGAUAAAUCCUGAUUAAUGUGGGCGUCUAUGGUUGAACACCCGUAUAAAGAAAACGAGAAGGAUUAGAAAUUUCAAUUUAAUUCCACUGCCCUUAAUUGCUUACGCUUGACAAAUAUAUGUAUGUUGUGUUACCUAUAAUGUGCAUACUUCUUCAGUGUCUUCUACUAAAUUCAAGUUUUAGUACAAGCCACUGAAGAAGUCUGCACGUUGUAGACGAAAUACGCGAAUCUGUCAAGCAUAGACGUCAACAUUGCUGCACAAACCUUUUCUCACGGCUUGGCAUGUCAUUGUCACAUUUCCAAAAAGAUCAUCCAUGUCGACGCUCGCGUCCCGUGGAUGAAGAAAAUCUUUGCUCGUUGAAAAGAACUAAGAAGGCUGCUCUCAGAAGAUUUACUAAAUUCCUCACACUGCCACUGAAAUUCUACUAUGCCAGGCUCAACCACGAGUAUAAACG